AUGCGCUCCACGUCGUCCGCGGCCCUCCUGCUCACCCUCGCCCCGGCCGGCGCCAUCCUCAUGUCGGCGCCGCGCAAGAGCGAGGCCCUCCCCUGGCUUGACGCCCCGACGGAGCCCUGGUACGGCGAGAUGGCCGGCGACUGCGGCUUCGACCCGCUGGGCCUCGCGGCGUCGCCCGCGCUGCUCACGUACUACCGCGAGGCCGAGCUCAAGCACGCGCGGCUGGCCAUGCUCGCGGCCAUCGGCUGGCCGGCGUCCGAGCUCUGGGACGACGGCCUCUCGGGCCUCGUCGGCGCGGACCCGCUGCUCACGCCCCUCGGCGGCGGGUGCGCGGCGCCGUCGAUCCUCAACGGCGGCCUCAACAACGUGAGCCCGCUCUUCUGGGGCGCGGCGCUUGGCGUCGGCGCGGCCUUCGAGGCCUAUUCCAUCCAGCUCCGCUUCUCCGAGGACGCUUUAGCGCCGGGCGACCUCAAGUUCGACCCGCUGGGCAUGAUGCCCACGGAGCGGAGCCGGCGGAAGCGGAUGGAGUUGGCCGAGGUCAAGCACGGCCGCAUCGCCAUGCUCGCCGUCGUCGGCUACGCGGCGCAGGAGUACAUGCUCGGCUCCACCGUCGUCCAGCACAGCGACGGCUUCUUCACGCCCUUCUGGUCCCACUUCUUCUGAGCCCGAGGGGACUCCGCCCCGUCGCCUUUUGUGUAGUCUCGCCUGUAAAUGAACUCCCC